ACCUCCCCGGCGGCGGGGGUCUCCAGACAGGAGACCCCCAGAGCCAGCCUCCCGUCUCCCCAGCUGCCAGCUGCCCCGCGGAGGGCCAGCCUCCUGCCCCUGCAGCUGCUUCGGCGGAGCAGCGUGCGGCCGGGCGUGGUCAUCCCCAAAGUGCGCAUCAGCAAGGCGCCCGCGCCCACCUUCCAGCCCGAGAGGGCGGCGAGGGGCAGCACCAAGGACAGCGCCCACCUGCAGCUCCCCAAGUGGCGGUACAAGGAGGCCAAGGAGGAGAAAAGGAAGGCGGAAGAAGCAGAGAAGCAGCGGCUGGCGGCGGCGCAGAAGGAGAAGCGGACACCGUCCUGGAGGAGAAGGACGUGAGCGGGGCAGCCGC